AUGAACACUCAACAGAUGGAGCAGAUGGGCCAGUUCAAGAUCACAGUCUGGGAGGAGGAGAACUUCCAGGGAAAGCGCUGUGAGUUCAUGCUGGAGUGCCAGAACAUCAUGGAGAGGGGAUUCAACAAGAUCCGCUCCAUCAAGGUUGAGAAUGGACCCUGGGUGGGUUAUGAGUACCCAGAGUUCCAGGGACAGCAGUUUAUUCUGGAGAAGGGAGACUACCCUCGCUACGAGGCCUGGAGUGGAAACAGCAGCUACAGAACCGAGCACAUGCUUUCCUUCAGACCCAUCAAGUGCGCUAACCACAGUGACAGCAAGGUGACCCUGUACGAGUGCGAGGACUUCCAGGGCCGUAAGUUUGAGAUGUGUGAUGACUACCCCUCCCUACAGGCCAUGGGCUGGUGCAGCAAGGAGGUGCCCUCUAUCAAAAUCAACUCCGGAGCCUGGGUGGCCUACCAGUUCCCCGGUUACCGUGGCUACCAGUACAUCCUGGAGAGAGACAGACACCAAGGCGAGUACAGAAACUACAACGAGUACAGCACCCAAGCUCACACCAACCAGGUGCAGUCCAUUCGUAGGAUCCAGCACUAA